UGUUUUCACCUAUGCGUUUCGUCAGGUGACACAUCAAGAUCAAAAUCCAAACAACAAAAUAUCUCUUUACGCCUCACCUGUGGCAUAAUGCAUUGCAUUCCAUUAACUCAGUUUCAUGUGGUUUCAAAUGAGACCUGAGUGUCUUCAGGGGUGCUUGUGGAAACUGGAUCUCCUGGGAGGGUUUAGGCUGAUUUCCCUUGUGUUCCUUGUCUGAAGAGGAAAUGUGAGCCAGGUCAGACCCAAAAUGAGGCAAAAGUAAGUGAGAACAGCAAAGCAGGGGACAGAGAGAAAGACUCAGAGCUCCAGAUAGCCACCAAAGCCCUAAAGCAGCUUCAGAGCACGGGGGAGGGGUAUCAGUGAUUGAGAGGCAGAGAGAGAGAGUGAAUGUGUGUGUGUGUGUGAGACAGAGAAAGAGAGAGAGAGAGAAAGAAAGAGGGGGAGCUGACGGUGUUGAAAUAAGGGUCCAUUUGUCAAACAAUCAGUGCUUCAGUGGGAGUGAAGACACGAUCGGCAAGAUUGUGAGGGAGUGCAAGCUCUGUGGAUAUGCCUGGACGGAUGACACAUUUCUGCUGUUGGACUCUCGCCUGGAACUCAGGGUGCUGCUCAUCUGCUGUGGGGAGGACGAUGCUGGCGAUCUGAUUGUUUUUGGAGACGAAACCCCCCGUCACACCACUUAUGGGAAAGUGGACGGCUGUGAUGACCGCUCUGAAGAGGCGAGGCGGUGCAAAGUGGGGCGACGCUCACCUCUAAGGUACGCGUGAUGCUGCAGCUGUUCUCGUUGUUUAUUUUAGCCCCAAUAACAGAUAUCUCACAGCUGACUUUCAGAUCUGUGUGAGGGGUUGCCAAACAAAAAGUGCUUCUGUUUGCCUCUGAAGUCCAGGAUCUCUAAAGCGUGUUAGGUAACGCUGUGCUAUAUUAAUGGACAAAUCUAUUUUUAACUUUUAGACCUUAGUCAUUAUUCCCUGAUGGCAAACUUUGAAAUGUUCCUGCCUUUUUCUUAAAAAAGUAUUUUUCUUGAUCCUUUCAGAAUAAAAAAAAACCCAUUGUGGCCCUGGAAAAUACCUGUUAUGCAAGAAGUCAUUGACAGCUGUUGCUUUCAAGCAGAUGUAAAGGGAGGUUUGAAGCUAAUGGAAAAUCGAUAACUAUGUUUGCUCGAAAGAUGCUCUCGCCUCUAAAUGUGGACCCCCAGCUCUCAGCAUCCCUCAUCAUCUGAAUGGUGCUUGUGCAUUAAUUGCGUUCAUUUUGUCUGGAUCAUCUAAAUGCUCCUUUCAGGCUGGGGCACCUGAGUCACAGAGCAGAUUAUUUGAACGCAGACACACACACACACACAGCCCCCAUCCUGCCUUGAAGUCUCUGAUCGGUGAUUAUUGGAGCGCCACUGCUUCAGAUAAAGACACCGAAAGCCAUGGGGAAGCCACUGAGCAGGCCUGGCUGUUUGAGACAAAGCCCGUGCUGCUCUAAGAAGGGCGAAGAUGGCGACGCCUUCAAUGAAGAUGGCUACAUUCCCCAGCGCUCCAUCUAUGACACUAUGUGCAUCAACGAGCACAUUGACCACGGCUCAGCCCACAGCACCCUCGGCUCCAGAGGGGCUCAGAACGCCGCCUUCCCCAGUAAUGGCUCUCUGGAGCCGAUUCAGUUGGACAUUUUUGACAAACGAUCACCUCAGGUUUCAUCCUUUGGGAGGAGGCUGGACGAGAGGGUCAUCUUUGACUCGCUGAAGCUUGCACAUGACGAGCAGACCCGGUCUCCGGGAGGAUACGCGAGAACGGUGUCCCCCAGUGUGUCUUGCAGUUCUGCCCCUUGCGGAAGUGGCUCCAUGAACAAACGGUACCACCACCAGGACAGCGGGAAGAAGGAAAACCUCUGCCGCCAUUCUUGGAAAGUCGUGACUCCUCCAAAGUAUCCGGAAUGUAUCGAACUGUCACCGGGCGAGAAACACCUGCUCAACCCCGGCAUGGCCUUUUUCCCUGGGAGCCUUUCUUCCCCACGCUCACCCCAAAUUUCCCCGUUCUCUGGUUCACCCCUGUCUGCUGGUGCCCACACCCCGCCAGUGUUCUUCUCCCCAGGGAAGCCCCUACUGUUCCACCAGGAACAGUUCCACAGGCAGUCCCUGCCGGCCAAGUUCCAGCCCCAUCCAUUGACAUCACCCCUCUCCGAACUCUCGGUCAGCGCCCUUCAGUACGACCACCCCUUCUCCCACUGCAUGGACGGCCUGACGAUGGAGCGGAUGGACAGAAGGAUGCUGGUGUCCAUCACACAGAGUAUAGAGGAUGAUGUGUUUGGGGAGGUGGAGACCAAACCCAUUGACUCAAAGGUCGGACCGUAUCCUCCGACACCGGAGCCAGAAAAUGACACGGCCCCGCUCUUACAACCGCUGGUGUCCCAACCUCCCGCGAGGUCGCCGGUGAUGAUGGAGUCAACCUGGCCCCGCAGGCUAAUCGGGCGGAGGAGGACAGUGAGACAGGGGGGCGCUGUCCACAACCUACCGAUCCUCCCGCCUCUUCCCUCUGUGCUGAGACGGUGCGUGACGGACAAAAAGACUCUACCUCGCCUCUCCCCUUUCCCGGAACACCAAGCAAAGGUUGACGUUGCCCUCUUGGGAAAAUCUCCUCUUAAAGGCGAGCUCCUAAAGGACUGCAGCUUGCAGGACUGGAAGAUCCUGAAGGAGAUCGAGGAGCGCAAGGGUGUACCGCCAAAUAGCAGCCAGCAGGAAGUUAGCCCGGAAGUCAUCCAGGAAGAGGAAGUGCAAGAGGAAGAACCAAGCAAAAUGCCAACUGUCGUGGAAAGAGAUGAGCCGGCACCGAAAGAGUCACAAGUCACAGCGGCCGGGAACACAGAUGAGGAGAACUGGGACGCUGUUUUGGAGAUGGUGAACAAUAUGUGGGACGAGGCCUGGGAGGACCAAGAGACCCAGCUCACAGGCUCCCUAAGGCAAUGUUGGCCGUUACUCCAACCGCCAACAGGCUUUGGGGGGUCCCAAGCCCCCUCUUGCUCAAACUCAUUGGUUGGGGUGGAGGAUCUCCUGGACAUGGAAAAGAUGAACAAGGAUGAGCUGAAGGACUCAAAGGAAGCCAAACUCCAGGCCUUGCUUCAGCAUUCACUCUCCACUGAGUCACAACAACUGGAAAAGAUAGAAAAGAAAGCUGUUAGGGGGAUAAUUCAUGUAGUUGACAAACAGCCAGAACAGACUGCAACCUCUAUAUGCCUUGAUCUGAUUACAGUUGAGGCCCAAGUAUUGAUGGCAGAGGAACAUGUUAACAGUUCUUUGAAAAUGAGCACUGUCAAUGAAGAAUCGCCAGAUUCCAAUCACACACUCGAAUCAGACAGUGGGGUGUAUUUGACCAACCGCAGUCACACUAGUCAAGAUGACUUUACUGUGGAUGUAGACAGAACCUUAACAGACAUAGACAUGGGCAGUACAAGCUCAUUAAACCAGGUAGAAGAAAUAGCAGGAGAUCAAUCAUGCAGAAAAGAAGAAUCGACUGCAAAAACCUAUAGAAACAAGGUUGUUAUACAGUCCUCAGUAGUUGGGGACCUGCUCUCUGAUCCAAAAGAAAGCAACAGGGGUUCAUUUAAAAACCCACAGCACAGAUCCCAGUUUAAAAAUCCAGAGUCUUGGAAGAGUGAGAACAAAACCACUGUGAUUAGGGCUGGUACAGAUUCGCCUUUGCCCCUCUCCCCAUCUAAACACAUGGCCCGGGCCUCAACAAAACUGCUGGACUGUGGUGACAUGGAUCCUUUCGUCGCCACAGAUAGUUUUGUAUACUUGGCAGUGUCUGCCAAACCACAGGAGCUAUCUACCACAGUGAAAGCAGUUCAGAAGGAGGCACUCCUCUCUGUCACCUCUACCAGGCCCUGUUUGAAUCCUGACGAGUGUGAUUUCCUCUCCACGGACAGCUUUGUGUAUCUGGCAGCACCCGACUGCCACUUGAUGGGCACUGAAGGCCACUCCAUGUGCUCCGGCUCGAAGGACUCCGAUUCUGACGAGGACAGUGGCUCGAGGGUGGACUGUGCGGCCGGGUCCGCAGUCGAGGACAGUGACUGGGACUCGGACCUCUCCGACUCGGAGCCUGAGGGGUCAUCAUCGGCCAAGCCCGGAUGGGAUCUCUGGGACGAACUGGAGCAGGAGGUGCUUCCGGGGCUGUUCGACGGGGACGAGCAGGAGCAAGAGCUGGAGAAGCUGUGCGGAGUGGCUUUGCAGCAGCAGCAGCAGCAGCAGCGACAGAUUGGCUGGCAGGCUGGGCUGGCCUCCGAGGCUUCUGUCGCUGACGGAGACGGUCAGAAGGUUCUGGCAGUGUCGGAGAGCACAGAGGGGGAAGAGAUUCACACAGAGUCGUUCUGUGCGCUACAGUAAAUUUACC